CUCUUAGUAUAAUUUUGGGUUUAAAAUUCUCAAAAAUAGUCCUUUAAUUUUACCUAAGUCGUAAUUUAACUUUAAGUAUCUUUAUAAUAGUGAUGGAUAGUUGUUCUUUUGGUAUAGUGAAUUAGGUGUGUCAUUAUAAAUGGAAAGCUACAGUAAUAAAGAAAGGGCAUCACAUUGUUGCCAUCCGAUUGUUUUUGGGAUAAGAAAGAGUUGUCGAAAUAUGUGACGCUUCUUUUUAAAUUUAAUAAUGGAUCAAAAUCUCGAAGACACUUUAUACCAAGUAUUACUUAUAGAAGAUCAUGAUGCCAUUAUUCAUCUUAUUAACCAAGGUGCUAAUCCAAAUAAAGUAACAAGACAUGGAAAAACUUGCUUAGGAGAGGCUGCGAAACUUGGUAGUAUUAACAUUGUUAAGCUGCUUGUUGAUGCCACACUCGCUAAUAAAACAACAUCUCAAGAAAGUAUAUCAAAGAAGCGUAAUAUUAAAUGUCACAAGAGAAAAUUGAAAUCCACAAGUCAAUAUAGUGAAACUGUAGUUAAAUACAAAAAUUGCAGUGAUCGAACAUACAGGGAGUGUCAAGUAGAAAAAUCUGUUGACAUUGAUUCAGAAAAUCAGGAGUGUUCAAAAUUUGAUAAAAAUAGAGGCUACUUUGUUUUCAUACAUAGUGAUGCUUCUAGUAGUGAUGAAAGUAGGAUUAGUCUUAGAUCACCAGUGACACAACCAGCUUUACCAUUAUCUCCUCAGAUUGAUCUGGAGUGGGAUGAAGAUAUAGGAAAUGUUGCGCCCACCACCACAGAGGAUGAAACAUGGUCUUCAAUGUACAAAUGGUAUGCUGCUAUUUUGGAAUGUACCGGUGCAGCUAUAGCUUCUGCAUCAGUAGUUACAAAUGGUAUUGAUCAACAAGAUGCAUUUAUGAGAACAGCUUUACAUUAUGCGGUAGAACAAGGCAAUGUUGCUAUUGUAAAGUUAUUUAUAGAUGCGGGGUGUAAAGUUGAAAUCACUGCCAGCGAUGGUUUAACACCAUUACAUAUAGCGGUAAUGAAGAAUCAACCAGAAAUCACCAGAUUAUUACUAGGAGCUGGAAGUAAUGUCAACUAUAAGACACAUGAAAAGAUGACACCAUUACAUUUUGCAGCAUCACGAGGGUUCAUUGAACUGGUACAGAUAUUGGUGGCUAACGGAGCUUAUAUUGAUGCGAGAGACACAAAUGAUCGGACAGCAUUAUAUUUAGCAUCAGGGCGCGGUCAUGCCGAUGUUGUAGCAUUCCUUGCAUCUGUUGGAUCAAAUGUUAACGGGGAAGAAAUACAUGGUUAUACACCAUUAUGUGAAGCUGUUUGGCAGAGAUAUACAGAAGUUGUUGAAGUAUUAUUAAGAGCUGGUGCUCGAGUAACUCAUUGCCAUAAAUUAUUACACAAUGCUAUCAUACAGCGUCAGGAGGAAAUUGUGAGAAUGUUAUCUAACUUAGGAGGUGGGAUAAACUUGCAUAAUGACAAUGGAGAUACACCCUUAUUGUUAGCAGUCCGUCUAUCGCAGCCAAAUAUAGCACAUAUAUUACUGAGAAAAGGAGCGAAUGUUAAUGGUACUAAUAGUAUAACAGGUGCAAAUGCACUUCAUAUAGCAGUUGAAAAUAUCGAGAAUUCUAAAGAUUUCGAAGAUAUGCUUGUGUGUUUGACUCAAUACAAUAUUGAUAUGAAUGCAACAGCACUAACAGGCGACACUGCACUAAACAGGGCUUUACUUUUACAAAAGGAUUUUGCUGCUGUCUUGCUUAUAAGGUAUGGAGCUGGUGUUAAUGCUUGCGAUCUUCAUUCUUGUGGUUUGGACAAUUUAUCAAUAGCUAGUAGAAGAAAAUCAUACAGAUUAGCCUCAAUGUUAAUAAAAGCUGGACAUCACAUGACCGCUCCGGAGUCUAGCUCAGUGAAUAAUCCUAAAUCUGGGAACACAGCCAAAUGGGUACUUAAUGCAUGCAAGGAACCGUUGUGUCUCACAGAUAUUUGUAGAAUAAAAAUCCGACGUUUAUGUCACAAUUCUAACUUAAUUGCUUUCAUAUCCGGAUUGCCGUUACCAAAGAGCUUAAAAAGGUUCCUUAUGAUGGAAGAUGAAUGUGAACAUAUAUUGAGUCAUGUUUAACUUAGUUAAGUGAUAGAAAUGAACUCAGUAAAGUAACAAAAACAAGUAAUUGUUUCAGUACUAAAAAAAACACAUUGUCCAUUUUUAAUUUUUAUUAAAAGAACGAAUACAUAAAGAUUCAAUAUGUAGUACAAAGAAGUACAUUAG